GGCGUCAAUCCUGCCAUUUAUGAGCUCGAUGAGGAUCCAAAAGGGAAGGAGAUGGAGAAGACUCUGGCAAGAAUGGUUCAGAGCAGCUCACCUUUACCUGCUGUGUUUAUAGGUGGUAAAUUGGUCGGCCCAACUGAUCGAAUAAUGUCUCUGCAUCUUAGUGGCAAACUUGUUCCUUUGCUUCGAGAUGCAGGA